AUGCGCGCUUUCGUAGUAUUGGCUAUUUUGGCUUGCUUCUUGGCCCUCGCCUGGUCUGCUGUCAUCGAACAAGUGGAUAGUGACAAAGCCGUUGCCGAUUUAUUGGAUGUAGAUGCCGGUGUUGCCAGUGCCGAUGAAAAUACCAGACAGGUCCGUCAAUUCUUCGGACGUCCUUAUGGCGGAUUUUAUGGACGCCCCUAUGGCGGUUUCUAUGGUCGUCCCUAUGGUGGUUUUUACGGUCGUCCCUAUGGCGGUUUCUACGGCCGUCCUUAUGGUGGAUACUAUGGCGGUUUCUACGGCUAA